CCUGUGCAAAGCGUGUGCAGGGGCCACGCCAAGGCAGCCUGGGGCACGGCAGCCGGGCACCACCUCCCCGGCCGCUUCCGAGGGCACCCGGAGGCCAGCGCCCAGAGGAGCCGAGCCGGAGAGCGAGGCUGCCGCUGUGGGGCUCUGUGCAGACUCGCUCAGGGGAGAGGGCGGAGGGAGGGGGGGGAGGCGCUGGGAGCGGAGGCCCCACCUUCCAUUCCAGCAAAGUGCACCCGCGGAGCAGGGAUGAGUCACAGGCGCGGGCGCUCGGGUUCCCACAGGUGAGGGGCUGCCUCGCUCCGGACAACGCAGGGCCCGCUCCGGGGUGGCCCUGGCAGGGGGCUGCCGCCCUCCGUCUGCCCGUCUGGCCUGGGGGCCAGGGCCGGGCUUCCUCAUGUCCGGCCGGAGCCUCCCGCGCGCUGCGCUGCUCCUCCUGGGCAUACAGCUCACAGCUCUCGGGCCUGCAGCCGCCGUGGAGAUUUACACGUCCCGGGUGCUGGAGGCGGUGAACGGCACAGACGUGCGGCUCAAGUGCACUUUCUCCAGCUUCGCCCCCGUGGGCGACGCUCUGACCGUGACCUGGAAUUUCCGCCCGCAGGAUGGGGGCUCGGAGCAGUUUGUUUUCUACUACCACAUGGACCCCUUCAAACCCAUGAGCGGACGGUUCAAGGACCGGGUGUUCUGGGACGGGAACCCGGAGCGGUACGACGCCUCCAUCAUGCUCUGGAAGCUGCGGUUCGAUGACAACGGGACGUACACCUGCCAGGUGAAGAACCCGCCCGACGUGGACGGGCUCGUCGGGGAGAUCCGGCUCAGUGUGGUGCAGACCGAAAAGAAGAAGAAAGACUCAACCCAGAGAAGAAGGUCGCUGUUUACCUGGAAGACACAGACUAACGUUCCUCAGCCUCAGCGGAGGCGGAGGAGCCCAGAGCAAGACCCCGGGGGAGCUGAAGUGGACGAAGCUUUCGCUGGCUCCUGUCGGGGUGACCUUUUCCGCCCAGCUCUGCACCUGACCCCAGACAACCGCCCGAGCCCCCGCCUCCCCGGCGGACCCCGCCCCAGCACCGCUCUGCGCGCUUCCUCUGCGGGAGCCCGUGCUGCUCCCUCCGUGAGAGCCAGUCGUUUCCGGGGCCGCCGGGGCCGGUGCCCGCGCAGCAGGUCCGUGCGGAAGCAGCCCGGGAAGGACGGCUGUGGGCACCGCUGGCGCGAAUGGCAGACCGGCCGCUCGUCUACCGCGGCGUUUCCUCCGCACCCGUCCGUCCGUCCGUCCGUCCGUCCGGGAGCAGCGCUCCCGCUGCAGGAGCGGUCUUCACCCUCUGCUCCCCACGGAGCCCCCGUUUCCGCGGUGGCCGGGCAGGUGGUUUCCCUGGCUCCCCUGCAAUCUGGGACCCGUCUUACUGUAUGACCUUCCCUUCAACGUCCCUAGAUGGUGGUUUCCCCCUUAUUUUUGUCAACUGAUGAGAAGUUUACCAGAGAGCAAGUCUAAAUCACAGAGUCGCUAAGGGAAGGUUUCCUCAGUGCUGACAGGUGGACAGAUGCCACCUUGUUCCUGUUUGUGGAAAACAUUCAGCAGCGCAGGUCUUUCCUGAGCAGUGAGUGGCCGAGUCUCCUGCCCCCUCCCGCCUCUGGGAUCUGCAACAACAGAGCAAAGUCUGUGCUCCUUCAUUUGUGGCCGGGGAUCAUCUAGCAGUUAAAUAGAAGAAUUCUGAAAUGGUAUUUCAUGACUUUAAAAUUUAGAGCUGGUGAAAAAAGCCAUCCCUAAAUGGUGGUAAUUUUGUUCAUUGGUACACAAAGCUCUGAGAACUGGAAGAGAUUACCUGCUUCUUUCUUUCUUUUUUAAAAAUUCACUUGUUUUGGGGGAGAAUUUGGUGUGGGGCAAAGAAAUGCCAAAACUGACAGAAUGAAAUCAACUUUACUUUUUUUUCUCUUAUACUAGCAGAUAAAAGAAACGUUAUAAGUGAGCUACGAAAAGAAGAGAGCUUUUUAAAAAGUGUCUAGUUUUCUGGUUUAUUUCCAAACUUAAGCUAUAGCAGCAUUUAUUCAAAAGACAGAAAACAUCUAAAAGUUUAGGCCUCCCCCAAAUCUUUACAAAAUGAUAUGUUCAGUUUUCACUGACGGGGCUAAAGAUGUUAUUUCUUUUAAUAAACUGGAAUUUUCAAACAGAU